GCCACGAGCCCCAGGGGACCGGCACCACCCGCCCUGCGGCCCUUAUCUGGGUCCUCCCCCCCCCGCCCCUGCACCAGGCACCGGCUUUGGCUGCGGCACCAUGCGGGGCUGCAGCGCCCGGCUGGUCUGGGUGCUGGUGCUGUCGCUGGCCUGGCUGGGCCCAGCACUGGGGGGUGAGGAGGAGGAUGGGGAGGUGGUGGCGGAGGAGGAGGAGGACGAAGUGGUCUCGGAUGAGCUUGGGGAGGAGGACGGUGUCCUGGUGCUCCACGAGCACAACUUUGCCCGUGCCCUGAGCGAGCACCGGCUGCUGCUGGUGGAGUUCUAUGCGCCGUGGUGUGGGCACUGCCAGCGGCUGGCCCCUGCCUUCGCCCGGGCAGCCGCCGCGCUGAGGAACGAGUCCAGCCCAGUGCGGCUGGGCAAGGUGGACGCCACGGCUCAGACAGCCCUGGCGAACGAGUUCGGCAUCACCUCCUACCCCACGCUCAAGUUCUUCCGUAAUGGCAACCGCACCCACCCCCUCGCCUACACCGGACGUAUGGACACCGAGGGCAUCGUGCGCUGGAUGCAGCGCCGGGCUGGCCCCAGCGCCACGCUGCUGCAGGACGCCGACACCGCCGCCGCCUUCGUUGGCUCUCAGGACUUGGUGGUCGUUGGCUUCUUCAAGGACCUGGGGAGCGAGGCAGCCCAGGCGUUUUACGAUGUGGCUGGCGAGGUGGUGGACAUGCCAUUCGGCGUGGCUGAGGCAGCUGAGCUCUUCGAGGUGUACGGGUUGUCGGCCGACACCGUCUGCCUCUUCAAGAAGUUGGACGAGGGACGGACGGACUUCCCUGUGGACCCAGAGCGGGGGCUGGAUGUGGUCGAGCUCACCCAGCUGCUCCGCAUCCACAGCCUGGAGCUGGUGAUGGAGUUCACCAACGAGACGUCUGACCAGAUCUUUGGUGCCAAGAUCCCCCACCACAUGCUGCUCUUCCUCAACAAGUCAUCAUCGGCACAUAUGGCGCUGCAGGAUGGCUUCCGGGCAGCUGCCGGCACCUUCCGGGGCAAGGUGCUCUUCGUGGUGGUGGACGUGGCUGGGUAUGGUGCCGAUGUCCUGCCCUUCUUCGGCCUGACACCCGAUGAUGCCCCCACCCUGCGCCUAGUCAAGAUGGAGAACAACCGCAAGUACCGGAUGGACCAGGAUGUCUUCUCGGACACGGCCAUACGUGCUUUCGUCCAGGCAGUGCUGGAUGGCAAAGUGAAGCCCCACCUGCUGAGCGCGGAGCCCCCCGAGGACUGGGACACACGACCUGUUAAAGUCCUGGUGGGGAAGACCUUCGAGCAGGUGGCGUUCGAUGAGACCAAGAACGUCUUUGUCAAGUUCUAUGCACCGUGGUGCUCCCACUGCCAGGCGAUGGCGGCUGCCUGGGAGGAGCUGGGCGAGCGCUACAAGGACCACGAGAACAUCGUCAUCGCCGAGUUGGACGCCACGGUCAACGAGCUGGAGAACAUCACCAUCAAUGGCUUCCCCACCCUGCACUACUUCCCCGCGGGGCCAGACAGGAAGAUGGUUGAGUACAAGAGUGCCCGAGACGUGGAGACCUUCUCCAAAUUCCUGGAAAACGGGGGGACACUGCCUGAGGAGCCACCUGCGGUGCCAGAGACCCCGGGGAACAGCACGGGCAGGGAGGAGCCGAGUCCGCCGGGGACGGCUGAACCCCGGGAUGAGCUGUGAGCCCGGUCCCGCUCGGGUGCCUGCUAUAAACAACCUGGAAACAA